UUUUCUCCCGGAGGAGCCUCAUUCCCGGUCCACUCCACUUCACAAGGAAUUUCUAGGAAUAGCUCACCGACAGAAAACUUUGAACCAAGGGCAAUGAUCACAGCCGCAGAGUAUGGAGAAACAUCAUGGGAGCUAUCCGUGCAGGUGGAUCAAAAAGAUGGAGAUGAGUCCAUGAAAUUUAAACUGAGGGUGAAGGGAGACUUACACAUUGGAGGCCUCAUGCUUAAGCUGGUUGAGAAGAUCAAGGCUCCUCAGGAUUGGUCAGACCAUGCCCUGUGGUGGGAACAGAGGAAAUGCUGGCUGCUCAAGACCCACUGGACUUUGGACAAGUGUGGAAUUCAGGCUGAUGCUGACCUGCGCUACACACCCCAGCACAAACCUCUGUUGCUACAGCUCCCCAACAUGAAAACCAUCAAAAUGACCGUCAGUUUCUCCAGUGUGGUCUUCAAGGCGGUGGCAGAGAUCUGUCGAAUACUCAACAUCAGAAGAUCAGAGGAACUGUCCCUGCUGAAGCCUCCAGAUGAUCCCUCCAAGAAGAAGAAGAAGAAAGAUAAGAACUCAGCACAGGAUGACAUCUGGGACAUUGAUUUACUUAGCGGGGGACCAGGAGGCACAGGCCCAAUGUACAGUAAGACCAUGACAGCCACCUACGACCCAGAGAACGGGAUGCCGGUGUCCGCCACGAGCCUGUGGUUUGGAGAAAACCCUCUCGCCGAAUCUCAGCCAAACCUGCCGCCUGCUGAGCUGGCCAAGAUGUACCAGCCGCUUUCGCUCGUGGACAAAGCAAUAAACAAUGCUGGGUGGCUGGACUCGUCUCGUUCUCUUAUGGAGCAAGACAUCCAAGAUGAAGAGAAGCUAUUGCUGCGCUUCAAGUACAAUGUCUUCUUUGACCUCAAUCCUAAAUAUGAUGCUGUCAGAAUAACUCAGCUGUAUGAACAAGCCCGCUGGUCCAUCCUGCUGGAGGAGAUAGACUGCACUGAGGAGGAGAUGCUGAUGUUUGCUUCAUUACAGUAUCACAUUUGUAAACUGACCAUGUCAAGUGAACCCCUGGACCACUCCAAGGAACCGGAAAUAGACGAAGUUGAGGCUGCCCUGUCCAACUUGGAGGUGACGCUUGAAGGUGGACACACAGACAGAAUUCUGGAAGACAUUACAGACAUUCCAGAGCUGGCAGAUUCCCUCCGACUGUUUAGGCCCAAAAGACUAACACUGCGGCCGUACAAAGAGUACUGGUUUGUAUUCAAGGACACCACCAUAUCCUACUACAAGAACAAGGAGGCCUCGUUUGGAGAACCAAUAGAGCAGUUUCACCUCCGAGGCUGUGAGGUGGUCCCUGAUGUCAACGUGACAGACAAGAAGUUCGGCAUCAAGCUCCUGCUCCCGGUUGCUGAUGGGAUGAAUGAGGUGUACAUCCGAUGUGACAAUGAAACACAGUACGCCAAGUGGAAAGCUGCGUGUAUCCUGGCCUCCAAGGGCAAGACAAUGGCCUACAGCUCCUACAAGUCAGAAGUGAAGAACAUCCAGUCCUUUCUGCAGAUGAAGAGCCUGGCGCCCCCUCCUGGUCAAGCAGCUCCUGACCUUGACGCCAUGGAGAUGAAUGCUGAAUGUUUUGUUUCCCCACGCUACGCCAAGAAGCACAAGACCAAACAGCUAACAGCACGUAUCCUGGAGGCCCAUCAGAACAUAGCACGGCUGUCCCUAAUGGAGGCCAAGAUGCGCUUUAUCCAGGCCUGGCAGUCACUUCCAGAGUUCGGAAUCAACUACUACAUUGUCAGAUUCAAAGGCAGUAAGAAGGAUGAGAUUCUUGGGAUCUCAUACAACCGCCUGAUUCGUAUUGACAUGUCCUCUGGCCUGCCUGUCACUACAUGGAGGUUCGCCAACAUGAAGCAGUGGAACGUCAACUGGGAGAUAAGACAGGUGACCAUAGAGUUCGACCAGAACGUGUCAAUAGCCUUCUGCUGUUUGAGCUGUGACUGCAAGGUGGUCCAUGAGUUCAUUGGCGGUUACAUCUUCCUCUCCACGAGAUCUAAAGACCAGAAUGAGACACUAGACGAAGACCUUUUCCAUAAACUGACUGGAGGACAAGAAUGAGAAAAGAUAAAAGUGUGUGCUUCUUAUCGUACGUCUGUCGUUUAUUUACAUGCAUGUGACAAUGUGAAAGGAUAGAAUCCAUCUACUGUAGCAGUGGUAACCCUGAGCACUGAGCAAAUCGCUGCCAAAGAAAAUGUAAUGCUGCAUCACAGUUAGAGAAAUGUCCACAUUUUCAUUCACAGAACAACAAUAGCAUCAUUUUUCUUCAUUAUAUAUGCUGCUGUAAACAGUUACAGCGAUGUAUCCUGCACUAGAAAAACAAUGCUGUUGAUGUAUGUUAUCAAGAUCUGUCUUUUUCUAAAAACUUGAGAAUAUUUGUAAGAAUUAAGCUUUUUUAUGUGAAGAGAUACCCUCGUUUCCAGCAAAAAAAACAUUUGUAAAAACAUCAUUAAAGGGUUUUUUUUUUUUACUUU